AUGUCGAAGGAGGUUUCACUACAGAGUCUGCGUCGUGAAUGGGCUGAGCGCUACAAGAAACUAAGCGCUGCGGAGAAGCCGCAUGUAAAGCCGUGCCCGGACUGCGGUGAACCGCCGUAUUUAAAGCCGGUGUGUCCAGAGACCGGCGUCUUUCAUGAACGUGAACGACAUACCAUUGUUGGAGGAGAGAUGAUACGAUCUAAUGUGGUGGAGUCAUCUGCGUUAAUGGCUGCCAUUGACCGCUCACGUGUACGUUGGGUGGCGAGUCGUACACAACUCGUUCGAGCCGAUGCGGUGGCAUUAAAUUUAUUUCAAAGUUUUGUUCGGCAAUUGGAUUGGACUCUGCAGCGUUAUGGGAUUCUCUACGGUACGUAUGAUGAGGCUCUCGCUACUGUGGAGGUACAUGCUAUUUAUGAACCUGAACAGCAUGGAGAUGCACGGGCGUUUCAUUUUGAAAAAGAUCCACGCAUUCACCGUGUGGAUCGAGUGGCGCAGUUGUUGGGACUUCGCCGAGUGGGUGCUGUUUGUACACAUCCCGCACGGAAUGUGGAAGAUAUGGUGUUAAGUGCACGGGAAAUGCUCUUGUGUACACGGGAGCAAUCACGGUUUGGAGAUGAGUGUGUGUUACUGACGAUGAGUCCAAAUAUAGACACGGGCCGCAUUGAAUGUCAGGCCUGGCAGACAUCCCCGCAGGCCGUCCACUUCUACCGCCUUGGUGUACUCAGCGAGAGCAAUCCCAAUAAUAAUAAUAGUAAUAAUACUAAUAAUAAUAGUAAUACUAAUAAUAAUAGUAAUAGUAACAGCAGUGAUGAUCCGGCGGAUGGGAAGUAUGUGUACAGCAGCAUUCCACUGGAGGUGGCGCAGCAGGAGACGGACGAAAAGGGGCACAUGCGCGUUGUGACGCGGGCGCCAAGUCAAGAGAUCGACACGCGUUGGUUCACUAGUUACGUCGCCGUUCAGCAAUUUGAGUCCCCAGUGGUGCGCAAUCUCUUCAUGCGGAUAUCACGUCCAGGAAUGGAACCUCCCACAAUGGCAAACCUGCGGAAUUACAUGGAAGACCCAAAGAGACGGAAUGCCACAAUGUUGGAGAAACUCGCAGACUUUCAUGUUUUGCUUUUCCUCGCAGAUAGUAUCUUUUCUGUGGAGGAUGAUAUGCCAGUGAUUAUUGGCGCUAUGCGUAAGGAACGACCAGAGGAAGAUGCACAAUCGUAUGAGAUGAUACUUCGUAGUUAUCUAGAAGCAUGA